GAUAAAGUGCAAACUUCCGAUUAUAAUAAUGAGCUUGCACAAUUGUCGCGAAUAAAUCACCCAAAUAUUGUCAGACUGUACGCCACCGCCCGUUGCAAUGACUAUCUAUGGCUGAUCAUGGAGUAUGCCGAGUGCGGCAAUCUAUUUAACUUACUACAUGGGGAUGAAUACUGGGUGCCAUACACCAUGUCUCAGGCACUCUCAUGGGUCUACCAGUGCGCACGAGGUGUCGCAUACCUGCACUCAAUGCAACCAAAACCGGUUGUCCACCGAAACCUCAAGUCUCCGAAGUGGAUGGCACCGGAGGUGUUCAGGGGCACCACAUACAAUGAAAAGUGUGAUGUAUAUAGUUGGGGCAUAAUAUUGUGGGAGGUGUUGGCCCGUAGGCUCCCAUACGAUCGGCUCGAGCGCAUGGAAACAAUACUAUGGGCGGUGCAUAGAAACAAAAGGCCCUUCCUUUUACAGGGCUGUCCAUCUGUUAUUGAAAAUCUAAUGACUAUAUGCUGGUCACCGGAGUUAGCACUUAGGCCGUCCAUGGACGACGUGGUGAAAAUCCUUAAGCGAUUUAUGUCCAACUUAAAUCUUGAUUUACCACAUUUGCCACUAAGACCAAUAAGUGAGUUUAAUCUCGAUGCUAAACAAUCGCCCGGUACUGCUCAUUCACCACAAGGUAAACACCCGGUAGAGAGUAUGUCCAGUUUUGACAAAGCUAUGCAAAAUAUACAGCCAUCGGACGUCCAAUUGGGACAGGUAGUUGGCCGUGGGGCGUAUGGUGAUGUAUACAGGGGCGUGUGGAAUGGUAAUACGGUGGCGGUUAAACAAGUAAAGACUAUUAAUGCAAGUCAUUACGACGCUGAGCUAGCACAACUAUCGCAAUUAAUACACCCAAAUAUAGUGCUACUAUUGGCCACUGCGCGCGACAAUAUUUCUCAGUGGCUGAUCAUGGAGUUUACCGAGUGUGGAAGUUUGCACCAUGAAUUAUACGCAUCCGAGAUACCGGUUCCCUAUACAAUGAUACAGGCGCUCUCAUGGCUGUAUCAAUGCGCUCGCGGUGUCUCUUAUAUGCACUCCAUGCUACCCAACCCUGUCGUGCACCGGGACCUCAAACCGCAAAAGACCCGAGUUAGGUCCAGUGCCAUGACCAGGUCCAAUUCCACUUCCAGCGCCAGCUGCGGAUCCAAUUCCAGCUCCAGUAAUAGAUCCAACUCCACGUCCUAUUCCAGAUCCGACUCCAGAUCCCAAUCCCAAUGUGGCUCCACCAAUAAGUUACAGCUCCUUGUAGGGGUCCACCACCAGUACUAUUUCCAUCACUGGGUCCCCCAUUACUUCCAGCUCCAGCUGCGGAUCCAAUGUCAGUUCCAAUUAGACCGCCAGCUCCACGUCCUAUCCCAGAGCCAACUCCAGAUCCAAAUCCAAAUGUGGCUCCACCUAAAACAUCUUGUCCAGUUUUAG